UAAGUAUUAAACAGAUCCCCCAAGCACAAGUUGCCCUAACAGCAGCUCCUUUACCUAUGCAUCUACAAUACUCACUUCAACUGCAAUAUUAUAAUAAUCUUUGGCAAGUACAUGAAAUACGAUACG